AUAGGUAGAAACAAAAACAAACGCACAUUUUUUGUUUAAUUUAAAAUUAAAAUAUUGUUUUGUUCAAUAUCCCGCCAAAAUGACAAAAACCAUUAUACCAGCAUCACCGAACUGGUAUUGUACAAAAGUGACAGACAGUAAUAAGCGAAAUAUACUCGUAUUUGCAAGCCGGCAUGAUAUAUACAUUUUCGGAUAUGACCAGUAUCCGGCUAAGUUUUCGGGAGUGUUUGUAGGUCAUAAAGAGAAAGUAACAGCGCUGUCCCUAUGUAACCAUGACCAAUAUGUCAUGCUAUGUUGCAGCGGCUCAGAAGAUGGAAGUGUCAAGCUCUGGAACACUGUAGAUUGCACAGUGAGUGUGGAGCAUAUUAUACACAAGCACAGAGUAACUGCGAUAAGCUGGUCUGAAAUCCAGCCAGACUUGAUUGUGUCUGGGGAUGACAACGGGCUGCUGGGGGUGUGGCAGGUGGAGGACAAUCGGCAGGCUGCCCACAGGCUUGACAAGACUGGAAUCACAGCGUUAGCAAUGGCGCCCUUCAGUGCUGGACUUACUGCAGUAGGAUUCAAGUCUGGUCUAAUACUCCUGCUGGAUGUAAAGAAAGGCUCCCAGGUGGUGUGUAGCCUCAAAGGUCAUGAUGAGGAGCUUCAUGCCCUGGCCUGGAGCCCUGUGCCCGGGGAGAACUUCAAGCCUGCCCCGCCCGCAGAAGCCCCAGAUAUUACUGACCUGGAGACAUUCGGUGUUGACGAUUCCUGGCGCAAGAAGCCUAAGGAACCAUUGGUCAGCACGGAGUCUGAGGGAUUCGGUGAGGAUGGAUGGCUGCUGGCCUCGGGCUGUCGAGACAAGACCAUCCGACUGUGGAGCACCAGCAAAGGGAGACAACUGGGGAUGUACAAGCUGCCAAACCCUGGGAGGCGGGACCCGAAGGCGAAGGAGGAGCGAGGGGGGCGGAGUCAGCCCUGGAUCACCAUCCAUUGGCUAACACAGGCGCCCAAUCACAUCAUAUCUAGCUCACUGAGUGGAGAUUUGCUGUUGUGGGACAUCACAAAAUCGGGAAAAGAGAAGAAUAGCUUCUUCCACAAGAGUGGCAGAGGACAUUUGCGUUCUGUGUUCAACAUUUGCCCAGUGGGAGAGGACACUCUAUGUACAAUCUCCAUGGAUAGACAGAUAAUGUUCUGGGACAUCAAGCUCAGAUGUCAGCAAGCUAUAAUGCCUUCCCUUGGUGGAUAUGUGUAUGCCAUGAAAGUGUCACCAUUUGAUCCAGGGAGACUGAGUCUAGGUGUUGGGGAUGGCAUGAUCCGAGUAUGGAACUUGAACUCACCGCCAGGGGUCAGCGCUAUGACUCAGUACUGGCAGGGUAUUAAGUCAAAGGUCACUGCAUUGAGUUGGCACCCAGCCAAGGAGGGCUUGCUGGCAUAUGGGACAGAGGAUGGACGAGUGGGAAUAUACAACACCCUGUCCAACAAGCCUCCCCAGAUAUCAACCACAUAUCAUCGUCGCACGGUGUAUGUUGUAGCUUGGGCACCCGCCUCCACUUCUACCAGUGAUACUGGUUCCCCAGUCAUGUACAAUGUGUACAGCUGUGGGGAUGGGAAUGUUCUAGAACAUCAGACCCAGUGUCUGGACAGGGAGGCAGUCAAUAUAGGGCAGCUCAUACAGGCAAACAACCCCCAGUACAGGGCCACUGGUAAGAUGCCAACAAGAAGUGAGAUUAGUUGGAAUGCAGACUUAACAGUGGUUGCCAUUGGAAAUGAUGAUGGCUCUGUUGAGAUAUUCUCCAGUCCAGGGUUCCUGUUGCUAGGCAUAGUUCAGACUCAUCACAAGCUGGUGAACGUAAUUGCCUGGCACCCAACCAUUACCAUGGAAACCACAACUGGGUCUGCUUACAGAAACUUCAUGGCCAUUGCCUCUAAUGAGUUUCAUAUUUCGGUUGUAGACCUGAAUAAUCUGUUAGACCAUAGUGACUCCCUGCAAGUGACGGAGACGUGGCGCCGUCUGGAGGGACAUAGUAACAGAGUUACAGGCCUUGCUUGGAGUCCACACUCAGACAUGCACCUUGUGUCAGUCUCCUAUGAUAAGAAGGCAUUGGUAUGGAAUGUAGAGAAGGGCACAGUGCUGGCCUGUUAUGAAGGUCACAUAGGUCGCCUGCUAUGCUGCCAGUGGAACGGCCUUGACCCGUCGGAGGUCAUCACUGGGGGAGAUGAUUACAGCAUCCAUGUCUGGGCAGUAGGGGAUCAUCCCCUGGUACAGGGGCAACUGGAUGCAAAGAAAAAGAAGAAGAAAAAGAACAAGUCAAAGACUGUGAGUGAAGAAUCAGCAACCUCCAUUCCCAUAGAAGCAACCUUCAUUCCCAUAGAAACCAGUGUCCCUGACCCAGAUGAACAAGAUGACCUUGAUGACCUUGAGAAAUUGCUGGAAGAGAAAAGGCGAGAACUUCUUGGUGAAGGUCAAAGUAAAACAGCAGAUAAAGUGUCUACACCAUUAGCCUCUGAUACUGCUGAUGAGAUGAGUGUGUCUCUAGUUGCUGUACAACAGACCACAAUCAUGAAACAGAAGAGAACUGACAAAUCAGAUUCGAGAAAGAAGUUGAAGUCAAAGUCGAUGUUCCCUGUCAUGAGCAAGAGGGACAACUCUGGCAGACAGACACUUCUGGAGGAUGUUAUUUCCCUUGCCAAGCUGAUUUAUGGUGACGGUGAAGCAGUGAAGGCCAGUGCGGAUGUGACACACCUUGGUCUGUUCCUAGACAGGAGGGCAGCAUAUGCUUGCUUAGAUGUCGAAGGCCAGUACCACCGAAACAAUGAGAACAUGGAUUAUUUCUACCAGCUAGAGGUCUGGAAGGGGAAUAUCAGUGGUGCUCUAAGGGUUGCUAGGCAAAGAGAUGAACUCUCUGAUUGGCUAGUGGCUAUGGCCCCCAUGGCGUCAUUUGAGACCUGGACGUCAGUGUGUGAGGACUAUGCCAUACAGCUGGAGACAGACGGACAGUACCACAAGGCUGCCAGCUACUUCCUAGCCUGCCACAAGGUUUAUGAGGCCAUUCGGCUCUUCAAGAGACACAAACUCUUCAAGGAGGCGAUUGCACUAGCUAAGGUUCGGUUGUCUCCUCUGGACCCAGCCCUGGAGGAGUUGUACACCCUGUGGGCCCAGCAACUCACCAAGGAUGGCAACCUGGAGCAGGCAGCUAAAUGCCACCUGGCAAUGCGUCAGGUUCAGGAUGCAGCAAAGCUCCUGGCUCGACGGUAUGACCAGUCCAGCCUGCGCACUGCGGCCCACAUUUCAAUUAUAGCCAAUGACAAGCAGCAGGGGCUAAUGUACACACAGCGCGUGGUACAGCAACACCUCCUGCAGAACGAGUGGGGUCUGGCCUAUCAGUUCCUGGAGAAGAACAAGGAGUGGCAGGUGUACCUGGCCACAAGCAGCAUGCAUGAGAUGGUGAGCUGUGAGCUCACAUCCCUGGGGCUUCUGCAAAUUGAGCCUGCGCACUUCUCACACUGGGACCAGCGACCCAGCAACAAGAGUGCCCUGCCAGAUCUCAUCCUGGAUCCUGGUGAUGUGGACAGCAUGUCGCCAUGGCAACUGCACUUGAUUGAAGGUCACACAUUCCCACACCACAUUCUGCGCACCUGGUACCGCCACUUUGAUGUCUGCAUGGACACCACAAGUGUAGAGGACAUGUACAAGACACUGUGUCUGCUGCAUGCUGGGAGACAGGCACAGGUGGAGCAGGCACAGGUAAGGGGCUGGGAAGAUGACCCUGACAUUAAGGCCUGGAGGAUGACCUUGUCAUUUGGGCCAGGAGGAUGAUCUUGACAUUGGGGCCUGGAGGAUGACCUUGACAUUGGGGUCAUGAGGAUGACGUUGUAAUUGGGGCCAGGAGGAUGAUCUUAACAAAGGUACCAGGAAGAUUACCUUGACAUUGGGGCCAGAAGCAUGACCUUGACAUUAGGACCAGGAGGAUGAUCUUGGAGUUUGGGCAAGGAGGAUGCCCUUGACUUGGGGACACAUAUAGUUAAGGGGGG